AUGUCUGAAAGAUUAACUUUACGAUGGCUGUAUUACAAACUAAUUCGAUGUAAUAUUUUUGAUUCUCGAUCAUCAGAUCCUGUGAUAAUCCAUCGUGAAAUCUUGUCAACUCGUUUGUAUAUUCUUCUUCUUAUCAUUUCUCUCGUUAUUUUAACAACAUAUACUUCUCUUUACAACCAAAUCGAGAUUAAAACAGUCACUUUUCCAAGUGCAUCGAUUUAUCAAAAACUGGAAAAGAAAUAUUCGAACAGUUUACAAUGUUUAUGCACAAAAGCCUCGAUUCCAUAUGGAGAAUUUGUUACAACAACGCCCAAAUUUCAUCAAAUCUGUUCAAGUGAUUUCAUUUCUCAAAAAUGGAUCGAUUUCAUCUUUCAAGUCGAUGUCAAAUCGACCCUUCCGAUCGAUGUUCGAACAAGUUUAAGUUCAAUGUUUCAAUUAAUUCGAUCAUUUUGUCAAAGUGCCACGCACACAACGAUUCAUUCGCUCGACUCUUUUCAUCAUUCUCCAGUGAUUAGUCCAAUCUUAUUAACUAAACAUAUUUUAGAAGCAAAAGUUCGAACAACUUUGCACUUAUUGCAUCAAACAACUACAUCGAAUUUCCUUCAAUCGAUGAAUCUUGCGCAAAAAAUGACACAAGCAAAUCAACUAAUAACAGCGUUAUUCACCAACUACAUGGUAACAUCGAAAAUAAUCUCAUCGUUAUCCGGAGAAAAUCUUAUUUUUCGCACGGAUAUCCAUGAAAAUAAAUAUAUACGAAAAAACUCCACUGUUGUUUGCUCUUGUCAAACUCAUGACUCGUGUCAUUUACCCGGAUAUAUUUAUUUAAAUGAAAAUUAUCACAAAACAUAUGACAUCUUUGAUUUAAAUCAGCUUGAAGCAAAUGCAACUUUAUCCGGAAUAGUUGUUGAUUGUUUACCCAUUCAAACAACUCUUUAUUCAUCAUUAGAAUGCUUUUAUAAUCAAUUAUGUUUAAAUACUUUGCUUUCAUCUUAUCAAAAGAAAAUCAAUAUUUCCAAAUUGAAUUCUUUACUAACAAGUCGUUUUCAUCUUAAAACACCCAUAAAAUCACUUGUUGAACAAUUAUUUAUCGAAGAACUCUUUAAUCACACAAACUUCUCGACCUAUUAUACGAAAUGUUUGCCGUACGUUUGUACUUAUCUUCAUUUUAAUCGGUUCAAUUGGGUAUCCGUUGUAACAAUAAUGUUUGCCCUUUUUGGAGGAAUCAAUACUAUUAUACGUCUAAUUACUCCCUAUAUCAUUCGAACGGUUUUAUUUUUGAUCAAACCAAAGCAAGUCCGAGAAAAUCGAAAUGCAACAAUUCGAGUUCGUUUGAAAAAACUUUUUGUCGUUUUCAAGAUGCAACUCGUUAGCCUGAAUAUUUAUGACUCAAAUGCAAAUAAUCCAACGCAUAUUUACUAUGGUCGACUUGCUACACGAUUACAUUUGUUUUCCUUAUUUAUUUCUAUUUGCAUCUGUAUCCUAUUUUCUGAUUUAUCGAAUCAAAUUAUAACUGAGAAUGUUUCAACUAUUUCUCUGGAUAAAUAUGCUCAUCUUGAAAAGCAAUAUUCUUCAACCUUACGAUGUUCGUGUACACAAAUUUCAAUUCCGUAUGAGGAUUUCAUCAAUAUCAGUGUAAGUUAUCAUCAAAUAUGCUCGAGUGAGUUCAUUCAAUCAUCUUGGUAUGAACGUCUUUCAGUUUUUAAUACUAAUUAUGAACAAACUGAUUUUCUCUCUAUAUCUUCAUCGUAUUUUCAAACAUUACAAACGUUCUGUUCUAUUGCGAAUGAAACAAUCGCUGAUGCGAGAAAAAGAUUUUUAGCAAGAAAUUUCAUUAAUUCUCAGCUUUUAACGCGCCAUUUAUUCGAUUCACAAAUCAAUGCAUCAAUAAAUGCGUUUCAACAAUUAACAAAAAUUGAAUUUCGUUAUCGAAUCAAUUUAACUAACACCUUAUUACACAGUAAUCAAUAUAUCAGUCGUACAACAACAAGUACUCGCCUACUCGCAGUUUCUCGGUAUAAAAAUAACACAUUUGAAUCCAUUCGAAUGUUCGUUCUUGCAUUGUAUGCCAUAAAUGCAAAUCAUGACAGAUGUUAUUGUGCUAUGGAUUCAACAUGUUCUUUAGAUUAUGCGCUUCUUAAUUUUGAUAUUGUACAGCAUUUCAAUUGGCAAAUUCCAGGAAUACACGGAGGUUGUUCUAUAAUCAACACAGUUAUGAAAUCAUCAUUAAUAUGUUGGUUCAAUUACAGUUGUUUUAGUCAAUUACGAGAACUUGUUCGUCCAUUGGGUAUUUCUAUUCCUUGGAAUACCACUCUACUUGAUCAAAUGUUACUUAGUCGAUAUUCUCCGGAUACGUUAAUUGAAAUAAUUCUUAAUGAAAUUAUGAUUGAAGAGUGGAAUUCUUCGUAUUCAUUUGACAAAUUUUACUCGAAAUGUCAACCAUCGUCUUGCUCAUUUACUUACGAAAAACAAGUAAAUAUUAUCUACAUAGUGACUAUUGUCAUUAGUAUUAUCGGCGGAAUCAAUACGAUUCUUCGAUUGACUUCACCAUUAAUUAUCAAAAUUAUUCUGAAAAUCAUUUCAAUGAUUAAACAUCGCAAAGAAGAACAUCAACGUAAGUUAAUCGCAUUUUUUAAAUCAUCGCUUCUCAAGAGAUUAGUUCUAGAAAAUGCUCGCAUUCAAAGAAAUAACAAUAUAACACAUCGAUUAGUGAAUAAAUUGAUAUCAUUAAACAUAUUCGAUGAUGGAUCCGAUGAUCCUGAAAGAGUCCAUCGUCAGCGGAUCUCGACCCGAUUGUAUAUAGUAGGUUUUACGGUUGCCAUUUAUUUUAUCAGCGUUUACACAAUAUUUAUGAGUCGAAGCGAAUUUCAAUUCUUUUCAAAUCCCUCAGAAAACGAUUAUAAUGAAUUACUCGCCUCAUAUUCCGAUUCACUCAAAUGUCCGUGUAGAAAAAUCUCGAUUGAAUAUAAAUCUUUUCUCACAAUCAAUUCUAAACUUCAUUCGGUCUGUUCAAGUGACUUUGUCCGUCGACGAUGGAUUGAAUAUUUAUUCAAUACUUUUCAUUGGUAUGACUAUGAUCGACGUGACAUUCGCAUACGUGGUGGUGCAUAUUUUGUCUUUCUUUCUACACUAUGUCAAAUGUCUCAAAUAACUAUUGAUAAUGCGAAAGAACAAUUUUUGGAUACCUCGUUUGUUAAUACCCAUAUGAUCUCACAAUUGGAUUUCGAUAUUCAAAUAAACAAUACGAUUUCACAAUUUCAAAAUGAUACGUUAAUCAAAUUUUCUCAGAGUUUGAAAUUUCUUCGUGAUAUUAUCAAUGGAAACGCUUUAAUUUCUUCGUAUUCGUUGAAUUGGGAUUGGUUUCGAGAAACGAACAGUUCAUAUCGAAUCAGUUCAGUUCAACCAGUUCGCACGAUGAGUGGAUGUUCAUGUGGAACACAAAAUGAUUGUACAGAUCAAGCGGGAAUUUUCGAAGCAGUGUCAAAUAUCAUUCCUCGAUUCUUCUUCCCCGGAUGGUAUGUUGGAUGUUCAGUUGUAGAAACAGUAUUACGUUCAACACUGCAAUGUUUCUACGACGAACAUUGUUUAAAUUUAUUCUUCUCGAAAAUAAAAACAUUUGCAUGGGAAUAUUCCACGGAAAUCAAUAUUUCAGUGAUUAACUAUACAAGUCAUUUUCAUAGAAAUGCGAUUAUUGAAAAGCUUGCCAAUGAGUUGUUUAUUGAACAAUGGAUUAUUCAAAAAUCUUAUUCAUUAUUUUAUAAUCAAUCGCUUCCUUAUGAAUGUAUUUAUCAGAUCGAAAAAGAAGAUUAUCUUAUUCAUACGAUGUCAACUAUUUUGGGUUUAUAUGGAGGAUUGACGAUUAUCUUGCGAUUUAUUACUCCAGUUCUAAUUGAUAUUGUAUUUUACAUUCGUCAGCGAUGUCGAACAAAUACAGUUAUACCUUAUUAG